AUGGUAUUCAACACUCCUCUUCCGAGGACAGGGCUCGGCAAGAGACCCUUGUCCUCAAUGAAAAGCGAUGGCGCUGGCUGGGAGAAUGCUCCUACCAUGUUACCUCCCUCGCGCACAUCAGUCAACCUACCCUAUGAUCACUAUGCUCUGAUCUACGUGGAUAACAUGGGCAAGCUUAGGGUGGCCGAGUCUCCUUCAAUUCAGAAUCAUCAUGCGACCAUUUUCACUUCCGAAGUGCGCGACAGUUUCCUGGAGAUCCUUGGCGCAAAGAUUGGAUAUCAAAAGCCUACCCUUCAGAGCAUCAACCCAGCUGCGCUGAGCUAUGACCGUUUUGAGGACGCAUCUUGCCACCGUCAGGGAAAGAGGCGUAGACUUCACACCCAGAAUCCAGUUCCGGUCAUCCAGAACCCUCGACCCGAUUUCUCUGCUUCCCCGUCUGGUGCAGGAGCGAACCGAAUUCCGAUUGAGAUUGGUGAUAUUGAUCGAUUGAUUCAGUACUACACCAUCUCCUUCAGACACUUUCAGCAGGUCAACUGUCGCGUUGUUUCAAAGGCAUGGAUCAAGGCCAUUGAGCCGCGCAAGCAAGUGAAGCACCCUUAUAACGGAGGCCGACCUAAGCCCGGAGCGCCCCCCGGUUCCAAAGGUGAUCCAGAAAAGACGAAACCUGAGUGGUGGCCUGCUGGUGUGGUACACAGGGAGCCGGAUCAUCUCAAAAAGGAGGAGAGAGUCGAACUGUUGGUUCAUAUCGUGCGCAAAGUUCAAAGACAUGACAUCAACGCGGACAAGCUUUUGGAUAUCGCCUUUGACUGUCGAAGACAACUGAAAGAACAAGAGAAAUUCGCGAUCAUUGAGGAGAUCUUCAAGGUGCGGAGACUGGAGGAGAGAUACGAACGGGGAGAAGUCGAUGCCUCAACAAUCGUCUAUGUGAUGGACCGAGAGGCGCACCCCAAGGGUGACAAGGAUGCAGACUCAGUCGCGGAGCCUGAGCCAAAGAUUGAGCCGGAAGAGCGAACUGGCCUGGAGGAAGUGGCCAUAACCCCAACCCCCUCAGUGGAGGAGGUGCAUGCGCCAUUCACCCUGGAUCCUGUUGACAUGCCAGUGCCUCGCCAUAUGCCGAUGGGAGGAGAAGGAGAUCAGCUUUUCCCUUUGCCGGAAUCUCUAAGCUUUGGAGAGCCAACGGGGCAAGACAGGUCAUUUUACGCUCAAUCCGGUGAAUAUCACGGUGACUAUUCGAAUGCUCUCGUUGAGACACCCACGACACCUGGAAUGGCCACACCUACUGAGCAACAUUCCUCUUUCGAUUUUCUGACCCAAGCGCCCUUUCCGGAUGCCAGCACCGUGGAACACCGCCCGGCGGCGAUGCCAAUGCAACACUCCGUCAGCCAAUUUGAUACCUGGACGACGCCGUCUUUUAGACAAGAUCUGUUCAGCCCUCUUGGUUACGGGUCCGCGACCAGCCAUGCCAUCCCUCAAUCGCACGUGCACUACCACAUGGGAAUGGGUUCGAAUGUCGAGGAUGACGGCCUUCCUGAUCUGUCUCAUGACCAGGUUCCCACCACAUAUAUGGAACCACCCAGCUCCAGGGGGUCUCUCUUCCGCACUGGGUCCUUGAGUCAUCCACACUUUGCUCACUAG